AUGUCCCUCUUUCUUAAUUUAAGGGGAGGCGCUGUUGGUAAACUGGGAGAACUCACUCCUGCCGCUGCUGAGAAACUGUUCAACUUGAAGUUAGAGCUGACCGAGUUGGAGAGAGAAGAACGAGCCUUGGAAAGUCAUAUUAAAUGGCUGAAGCAAAGCUUUAAGAACGUCGUGGAAUACCAUGAUAAUCAUCAUUAUGCGUACCUGAAGGACACUGACAUUCGCAAAGCUUUUGGCGAUGAGACAUUGCUCGCCACCGUUGCAAACCCUGGAAUGGAGAUUAACGUUGCCCGUCCUUUCAGAGUAAGACAAAUAAACGUGUCAGACAAAAUAUCUGAUGGCCUUUUUCAGGUUCUUUUUUAAUU